AAGGUCUCGAGGAGGAGGCUGAGAGACGUUAGCUAGCAGGCUAGCAGAUUAGAGGCUUAAGAGCGGGGAACCCUGCUGGUUGUCAGCUACUCGCAAGCCAGAGACAUGUCUGGAGAUAAAGAAGAUGGGGAGACGGCCCUGCCUUGCAUUCUAAUCACAAGCUGUGACCCGGGGUUUAAAGAAGAGGAGAUAGUCCGGCAGAUCUUGGGUAUACCUUCAUUGCCAGAACCAACAAAAAAGGAAGAUGUAGUGGUUUGGUAUCCAUGGAAAAUCAACAACAAAUACUAUACUGCUAAUGUCAGUUUUUGUGUUGUGCCAAGUACAUUCAACAUGAAUUCUGAAGUUGCCCAGUCUCUGCAGGCUCUAAUCAUCUACUUUGACAGUAAAACUAAAGAUGGCCUUAUUGGUGUCACUCCAUGGUUAUCAGUGGUGGACGACAUAUCCCCUGAAGUUCUCAUCCUAGUGUGUGACCAUGUGUGUGAAAAUGGUGUGAGUAGACAAGAAGCUCAGCAGUGGUGUCUGGCUCAUGCAUUUGAACUGGUGGAACUCAAUCCUCAGGAACUGCCUGAUGAGGACGAUGACUUUCCCGAGUCCACUGGAGUCAAGAGGAUUGUUCAGGCUCUCAAUGCCAAUGUGUGGUCUAGUGUGGAGAUGAAGGAUGAACACAAUCAGGGAUUUGGCUUGAUGAGCAGUUUAGUGGCCUCUCAUCACAACAACCCACGGCCCCUGACAGAGGCACAGUCCCUAUCUAAACGUGGAGAUGAGAAUGCAGAACGACCAGAGACAGAAAGAUGUCAGAACAGCACAGAGGAGGCAGAGUCAGUAGUAGACCCCAUGACUGACAUGGACAUUCAGGAGCUGGCCAGCCUCACAGUGGGCGAUGCAGAUGUGGAGAAUUUUGAGCGUCUCUUUACUAAACUUAAAGAGAUGAAAGACAAAGCUUCCUCUUUACCACAUGAACAAAGAAAGGCACAUGCAGAAAAAGUAGCCAAAGCCUUUUGGAUGGCGAUUGGUGGGGACCAGGAUGAGAUCGAUGGCUUGUCAUCAGGGGAGGAGAGUUAAAGCUAGACUGUCUUCUCCCAGGCUGCAGUCCCCAGCAAGCCAGUUUGUUCCCCAAAGCCAUCACCAUCGAAGUCAGUCUGGUCUGCUCAGCCUUGGCCACCAGUCUGUGGCCUCCAACAUGGGAGAGGGUGGGUGGGGGUUGUCAUGACAUUCCUGUUAUUAUCCUCUCAAACCCGAAAACCUCAAUAACUCAGCAUGCAGCCAUUAUGGGCUGCUGGCUUCUAAACACUGUAAUCUAAGAAGGAUCGCAAAGGGUGCAGUGGGCAAGACAUCACCCACAGUCUCUUCUCUAGUGGGUGUAAAACAUGACCUGCAGGUCCAUGCAAGACAGAAGUGGUUGGUCUAAGAGAGUGUGUUUAAGCCUUUGAUUGUUCUGCCAUUUACUGGCUUGGUUUCGAACCUUUUUUGCAUCGUCCAUAUUUUUCCAGGAUGUACAAGCCCAAAAUUAUGGAUGGAACAGUGUGGUUGUUUGAACAUCUCAGUAAUUUGUCAAAGAAACCUUUAUUUUUAUCAUAAUCAUAACUUAGUAAUAAUCAUUAACAAUGUUAAAAGAAACACUGCAUUAAUUAACUAUGCACUCUGUUAUAACCAAUAUUAAAGGCAUUCAUUAAAGCAGACAUUUAAAAACAAUUUUCAAUGUACAUUUUUCUCAAAAUAUCAUUUAGGGAUCCCUACAUACAGGGAUGGUAGGAGCCAUAAAAUGAUCAUUUAAUGCUUAGAAAAAUGCAUCAAAAAUACAGUUUAAAAUAUACAUUUUAUUAUUAAAAAUUCAUGGAUACCAAAACAAGGCAACACAACAGAAUAGCUUAAACAAGUAAUGCAAAUAAAGCCUGUGUAGGUAGAGAGAGAGAAAGCACAUUCAGAGCAAACCAAAACUAAAGCCAGUGGAGAGCACAUGGAGUUAGCCUGGAGUUCUGCUGUGUUGUAAGGUCAAACAACCACUACUGAAAGCUCCAAAAACACACAAUUUGUUCAAUAGCAGAGGGUAAUUUUUCACAGGCAAGCUUUGAGAAGAUGAGUGAUAUUUUAACAUGUAUUUGCCCAUUCCAUCAAUAGGAAGCUACAGCCUAUUGUACCCACUCAAACAAGAGACAACACAAUGCAAUGAACUGCUCUCUUUGUGACAAAAUCAGAAAUUGUAAGAGCAUGCAAUUAAUCAAUUGUUUUAUACAUUCUACAAGAAGAAAAAUCCAGUCAAGGAAGUCAUACUCUUCAGACUAUUUAAUUACAAGAUAAAAAGCCCUUUUUUAGUGACAGGGCUUGGCUCAAAAAACACAUCAUCCAUAAAACCAAGAGCACCCUCUUGAGAAAUCAACCUCUAUAGAAAAAUAGGAGCAUACCUCAAGAGCUGCCAGCAGUACUUGCCCCACCCCCACAUUUGUUUAAUAAAAAUCUCUUACUAUUUGCUUCAAAAUACGUGAUUUUUUUUCCUCUACACAAAAAUAAUUGGUAGUAAAAUAGAACUACAUGGAUGCUGAUGUAUGAAAUGUGUGCCUUUCUGCAUGGAGCUCUGUUUAUCUUUCAAGUGGGCUAAUGGUCCUGAGUUUAAAACAUCCCUUUGAUGUGUUGUUAAAACACAAGAACAUCAUACUGCAAGUUAUGUUUAAGCAUCUUGAAAACAUACUGAGUGACUGCUGAGCAACCAAAAUAUGCAGAAAUCUGACUUGCACGCAUAUGCACAGGCACAGUGUAUAGGAAGCAAAUAGCUAUUCUUAUACCAUGUGUCUCAUAUCUUCACAUUUCAACUGCCAGUUUCUUAAAUUAUUGCUGUUUCCUAUGUCCACUGAAUCUUAUGUACCAAACUUAAGAGUGAGACAUCUAAUCGAGGAUCAAGUCUACCCCUCAUAUCUAAAGGGAUGCAAUUACAAGGACAAAGGGAUGAGUGAUCUUGGACCAGCACACUUGCACGCUUGCUAAACAUGGGCCUGAGUCCACUCACCCCUAGACAAGGGCUUGGGCUGCCCAUUCUGAAGCCCAAGGUUUCCUCUCUUCACAACUGAAGAGUGCUGCCCUACCAAACUGCUAAUGACAUCACUACCAGAAACCUGCACAUCUUAAAGGUAACCAGCAUCUCCGUUCUCUCAUUUCUACUCUCUGGCUCACUUUAGCUGCUGGACCUGUGUUUCUGCAGCCACCUUACAAACAUUCAAAGCUUGGAUUUAUUUUUUAUUUUUUUGUUCAAAGCUAGGCUACAUCCAAGGAGCAACAGCAAGUGUGGAAAGGUGGGAUGAGGGGAGAACA